AUGGUGUCGAAAUGGACAUCUGAAGAGGUGAUGGCCUACUUCGUCCUCGGGCCCAUAUUUGUCACAGCAUGUUUGAUUAUCUGCCGGCUAUCAAUUUGGCUGCUUGAGCCGAUCCUCGAAAUAGUGCUUGAGUAUAUGGGUGCACAGUGGGCUGUGGAUAUUAUCAGGGAGGCCAACAUGAAAAGGGUUCACCCCAGAGCCCCCCAACCACAGGUGCAGAACCAAGUGAAGAAUGACUGCAGUCCCAGCCUGGACGAUGUAGCCCAUGACAUGAAUGUCUUCAGGCAGAGAGACAUCUUUCUGAGAACAAUGGUCCUAGCUAGUGUCGUGAUGGGGAAAAUUAAAGAGAUUGAAACAUUUGAUAUGAUCGGUCCUAAGAACUGGAAGUUAAAGCUAGCCGAUUCGAAACAGAGGCUCGGGACAUGGGAGCAGUACUAUUCUUGCUUAAUUAGGCGCCAGCCGCCCACGUCGAGGAUGGAUAUGGACAGGGAAAACAUCAGUGUAAAGCCGCACAAGGAUGCUGCGCAAGGGGAUGCGGAUGCUGCCAGAAGCCACGGGGUAUGA